CGUCGGUUGUGUAGCUUACUGCUGCGGCGUGCGAGAUAUAUGUUGUGAAAUGUUUGUAUGAAGAUGCUGCUCCAAUUGAGGACUUGUAAUCCUCUUGGUCUGACUUUUGAGCGACAAACUGGUGGAUUUUGGUGAAAGUGCUCAUGGGGCUGAGCCUUAAGGUGGACUGCCUCCUGUCACUCAUUUCUCUGGUUUUAAGUGUCCUUGGUGAUCAAAGUUUCCAUCACCAUGACUACUGUGUGCUUGGGGCGGGGCCUGCAGGACUACAGAUGGGCUACUUUCUGUCCCAGAGUCAGAGAGAUUACAUAAUACUGGAGCGCAACUCUGGACCAGGAAGUUUUUUCCGAAAGUAUCCUCGACAUCGCAAACUUAUUAGCAUCAACAAAAUCUACACAGGGAGACGUAACAGGGAGUUUAACCUGCGGCAUGAUUGGAACUCCCUGCUGAGCCACAGGCCAGACCUGCUCUUUCAAAGAUUCACCCGGGACCUCUACCCUGAUGCUGACAUCUAUCCUCACUACCUCUCUGUGUUUGAGAAAGAACUGGGAUUGCAGGUUAAAUACAACACAGAUAUAGGGAGUGUUCGAGCUUUGCAGCUUGGGGGAAGUGGACAUAAAGGCUACAUACUGACUGAUCAGCAUGGGGUGGACUAUAAAUGCAGGGUUCUGUUAGUGGCCACUGGGCUCUGGGUCCCCGUCGAAGUUGAUUUUGUGGGCUCUAACUUGGUUGAAGGAUACGAGUCCAUCCCCACUGAUCCAGAGGAGUACAAAGAUCAGGCUGUCCUGAUCCUGGGUAAAGGAAACUCUGCCUUUGAAACAGCACAAAGCAUUCUGGGAAGAGCCAGCCGGAUCCACCUGUAUAGCCCAAGCCCUGUUCGACUAGCAUGGCAGACACACUAUGUCGGAGACCUAAGGGCCGUGAAUAAUGAGUUGUUAGACACGUACCAGCUAAAGUCUUUGGAUGGCUUAGUGGAGGGAAGACUAGAGGACAUUGCUGUUGUCCGUGGAGGAAGAUUGAAAAAGAGAGCUGAAAAAAAGAUGAUGGGGAAGUCUUCGGAGAAAAAAGAGCAGCUCUAUCUUACUCUGUCUGAACUUUUGGACAGCCACAAUGUCAGCCAGGGCACUAACAUUACAGCAGAAAACUUGCCCGGGUACCAUGACGACAACUUUUCGCUACGACAGCCUUAUGAUCGUGUGAUCAGCUGCUUGGGAUUCCGCUUCAACUUUACCAUCUUUAAUGUCUCUGCCCGUCCACCACGCAGCAGUGUUGCUCGUGGUCGUCUGCCGACAGUGACAGCAUGGUACGAGGGAAGGGGGACGCCCAAUCUGUUCGUCCUAGGAACCGCAGCUCACUCCAGAGACUACAGAAUGUCUGCUGGAGGAUUUAUUCAUGGAUUCCGCUACAUAGUGCGUGCUGUGCAUAAGGUCUUGGAGCAGCGUUACCAUAACAACUCAUGGCCAGCUACCAAACUGGACACCAGCCACCUGCUGUCUUGGGUUUUAAAGCGAGUGAAUGAAGCAUCUGGACCAUACCAAAUGUUUGGGGUUUUGGGGGACAUUGUUUUACUGCAAGGAGCUCACUGUGAGUAUCUGGAGGAGUUUCCUGUGCAGGCUCUACCUCAUUUUGCUGCUGUGUCUGGUCGACGUGUCUCUGAGCGUGGCCUUCUGGUUGUUAUCAUGCAGUAUGGACUUAACCACACAGACACACUUGGCCCAGGCCGUGCUGAGUCAGAGUGGACCAAAGCCUGGAAGUCUAAUUUCCUCCACCCAGUCAUUUACUACUACAGAACACUGCCUACAGAGAAAGAUAUGAGGCAGCGUCCAUUUGGAUGGCCUCUGCCACGUCCUGAUGCUGUGCAUCACAUGGUUGAAGACUUCCUGACUGAGUGGGAUCAACCUGUGUCUCACAGUCAGCCCCUGCGUCGCUUCCUCGAGCACUGCCUUCAGACAGACCUCAGAGCAUUUUACGCAGAAUCCUGCUUCCAACUUUCUCUCACCAAUCGGAAGCCUCCUAUCUUCUGCAGUCAAGGCUACUUAAACAAAGGAGGGAUUGUGGGUAAUAGCCACCUGUGGCAGCAUGCCCGUGAGGCGGGGCUCAUGCUAAGCCAUUAUAAAUCAGUUCUUUCUGAUGAGGAUGGGGCAUUUUCCGAUUACCUUUCACAUGCUGGAGCUGCAGUAUCUUCGACAAUCAAGACUGAUCUCUAAAACAAGCCAAAGACUGACUCUUUUAUAAAGUUAUUAUAAAAUAUAUUUAAUUAUGAAAUGUCAGUAUUUGCCUGUACCUCUUAAUAAUAUUUACUUAACUAAAUGCCUCAUAUGUUCCCAAAAUAGUUAGUUCAUUAUUAUUUCAAAUGUUUUUAAAUAAGAAUAUGUUGUGUGGUUUGUGUUAAAUACUUAAUUUAUUUUUUGAGACCUGUUACUGAAAUGUGCUUAACAUCUUCAAAUAUAUACCAGUAUUAAUUGAGACCCACUCAUAUGAUAAUGCUUAUUAUCUACAGUUGAAGUAUUAUAUACUGUCCUUUAAAGUAUUUUGUGCAAAGACUACAGAAAAUGUAUUUCUAAACAAAUUGGUGGCCUGAACAGUUAAGGUAGACCAAUAUUUUGAAUUAGUGGGUCGCACUGUCACCAUGGACCUCCAGGGUCUGAGUUCGACUCCCUCCAUGAGGUCUGUAAGCAUGGAGUUUGCAUGUUCUCUCUGUGCUUGGUGCGUUUCCUCCACAUACUCCGGUUUCCACCAUCACAGUCCAAAGACAUGGCGAUUAGGCUAAUUGGCGGUCGUAAAAAUGGGAAUAAAUACAAUGGUUACUACUGGCCUUCACGGUCCCUUGUUCGACUACAAAGGUCCUAGAUGGAUGGAAGGAUGGAAUGUUUUAAAUGAAAGAAUACCAUUAGAUAGUACAUUAACCGUGAGAUUAAGAUUUUAAAUGUUUUGUGUUUUUUAAAUGAUUUUUUUUUUAUACAUUUUAACCCUAAAACGACAGAGCCAGAUUAAUUUACA